UGUGCCGCUUCCGGCCGGCGCCGCGUGCGCCUCCCGCUGCCGUCUGCGCAUCCCCGUCCCGGGAACGAUCCCGGCAACGAUCCCGGCAACGAUCCCGAUCCCCGUCCGGGAACCGUCCCCAUCCCGUGCUUCCCCCUGGCAGCGGCCCUGGGCAGAGCAGUUGCAAUCAUGGCAUCCAUGGAAGAAAACUUUCCUCGAGGGGGCAUCCAGAAGAAACCUGCGGAAGGAAAAACACCCAAGCCAAAGUCAGAGCGGGACAAUUUGUUUGAUGUUCAACAUGAAGAAAAAUCCCAGAAAAGAAAAAGGAGCCAGAAGGAUCCAGAAAAGCCAAAAAGGUUCAAGGCAGACAAAACUGUUAAAGGUGCUGUUAAAGACGAUGUUAUGAAUAUUGGACCACUCACAAUUGAGGCACUCAGUGAGGGCAUGCUGCUCCUUGGCUGUAUCAAAGAGGUCAGUGACUACGAGCUCACCGUCAGUUUGCCCAACGGCCUCUCCGGGUUUGUGCCGGUCACGCAGAUCAGCGAUGCCUACAGCAGCCUGCUCAGCAAGCAGGUGGCCCAGGGAGAAGUCCUGGAGGAGCUGAAUUCUCUCCCAGACCUGUUUUCUCCAGGGACACUGGUCAGGUGCAUUGUGACCAGCAUUGAGAAAAGUGACGAUGGACGCCGCAGUGUCAAGUUAUCGAUUGACCCCAAGAAGGUCAACAAGGGCCUGAACUCUACAGCACUAGCAGCAGGCAUGCUGCUCUCUGGUUCUGUGUUGAGUGUGGAAGACCAUGGCUACCUCAUAGAUAUUGGUGUCACUGGAACUCAUGCUUUCCUGCCUCAUCAGAAAGCCAAAAAUUACAUCAAAGCAGCCAAGAAAGGGCCUGACUUGAAAAUAGGCCAGAACCUGAACUGCCUGGUUGUGGAAGUGAAGAAUGAGGGCAGGGUGGUCUGUUUGUCCAUUGACCGAUCGGAGGUGGCUGCAUCCAUUGCCACAGAGCGACAGAACUGGGCACUCUCUAAUUUAUUGCCAGGGCUGGUGGUGAAAGCUCGAGUGCAGAAGGUGGCCCCACUUGGGUUGAAACUGACUUUUCUGUCUUACUUCACUGGCAUUGUGGAUUUCAUGCACAUGGACCCAGAGAAAUCCAUGAGCUAUUCUCCAGAUCAAGUGGUGAAGGCCUGUGUGCUGUCCGUACACCCCACGUCGCGCGCGGUGCGGCUCACGCUGCGCCCGCCCUUCCUGCACGCCGGGGGAGCCCCACGGCAGCUCCCCGGGCAGCUCAUGGGGGCUGUGCUGGAGGAGGCCACCCUGAAAGCCUUCUACAAACAGUUUGGGGCCGUCUUUGAGCUUGAUGAUGGCAUUCUAGCAUUUGCACGGUUGAAGCAUCUUUCAAAAACCAGAAAAUCCUUUAAACCUGAAGCAUUUAAGGAAGGUUGCAAACAUAAAUGUCGUAUCAUUGACUACAGCCUGAUGGAUGAGAUGUGUAUUGUAUCUCUGAAGAACCAGAUUAUUGAAGCACAGUUUCUGCAGUACCAGGAUAUCCACACAGGUGAUGUGGUGCAGGGCAAAGUGCUCUCUCUAAAGCCCAUUGGGAUGCAGGUGAAAGUGGCUGAUGGGAUUAGAGGACUUGUGCCAUCCCUCCAUCUCUCUGAUGUGAUCCUGAAGCAGCCUGAGAAGAAGUUCAGCAUAGGAGAUGAAGUCAAGUGUCGGGUACUAGAGUGCAAUCCUGGAGGAAAGAAGCUGAUCCUUACUCUAAAGAAAAGUCUCGUCCAGUCAAAGCUUCCAGUCCUCUCAAAUUACGAAGAUGCAAAGCCAGGCCUGAUCACACAUGGCUUUGUAGUGUGUGCAAGGGAGUUUGGCUGCAUUGUGAAGUUCUACAAUGAUGUCAAAGGUCUGGUACCCAAGAAUGAGCUGGGCUCGGAACCCAUAUCUUGUCCAGAUAAAGUCUUCUAUGAAGGCCAGGUUCUUAAAGUAAUGGUCUUAAAAUGUGAGCCUCAGCAGGAAAGACUCUUGUUGUCCUUCAGAUUAUCAAGCAAGCCUGGCCCUGGGGACAAAUGGAAAUGUACUCCAAAGGAGAAACAGGAAAUGAAGUACCAACUAGGAGAGAUGGUUGAUGUGAAAAUCUUGAAGAAGAAAGAUAAUGGUUUAGAAGUUUCCAUCUUAGAAGAUGAAGACAAUGUGGUAGCCUGGAUCCCCAAGCUGCACCUCUCUGACUUUGUUGCUACCGCCAAGCUCCUGUGGCACUGUCUUCAAGAGGGAGAUGUCCUGCCCAGAGUUAUGUAUCUAAGUGACAAGGGAGAGCACAUUAUCUUGAGUAGAAAGUCUGCAGUUAUUUCUGCUGUACAGGAGGAGCAAGUUGUAAGAAGCUUCUCUGAAAUCCAGCCUGGGAUGCUGUUGACUGGUUAUGUGAGGAAUGUGAUGCCCUUUGGAGUGUUUGUGGAGUUCCCUUUUGGUGUGACAGGACUGGCACCUAAAGUGAGCAUGAGUGACAAGUUUGUGACAGACACCAAGGACCACUUUGUGGUGGGACAGACUGUGAUUGCCAAGGUGAUGAGCAUUGAUGAGGAGAAGCAGCGUGUGCUCCUCAAUCUGAAGGUGUCUGAGUGCAGCUCAGGAGAUUCUGCUGCAGAGAGCUUUGGCCUCCUGAAUCAGUAUUUCAAGGAGCUGAAAGAAAUCAGGGACUUGCUGAAAAGAGGAGAGCCCAGCAUUUGUGAGUUGGUGCCUGGGAAGAGGGUGCAUCUGGUUGUGCAGGAUGUGAGGGAGGAUGGCUCAGCACUGUUCAGUGGCAGCUCUGUCACAGGCCUGACUGUAACUGCCACCCGCUACCAUUUGGGAGACAAAAAUAUUGCUCCUGGUGAGAAAAGGAAGGCAUUGAUCCUUCAUGUGGAUGCCCUCACAUCUGAAGUGUUUGUUUCUCUUCGGGAAGAACUGUUAAAGCAAAGGCCCAAGCGACGGCUCCGAGAGAGCUCGCAGCACUCUGCGGUGGUGCAGCACAUCACAGAGCACUUUGCCAUCGCGUCUCUGCCGGAAACAGGCCAGCUGGCAGCUGUGCCCAUCGCCUGCCACCUCAACGACACCUUCCGCUUCGACUCGGAGAAACUCAGGGUGGGACAGACAAUCUCUGCCACCUUAAAAUCCGUGAAGGAGAACAAGCACGGGGUCUUGUUAGCAGUACAGGGCCCGGCCAAGAAGAAUGUUUUUGUGAGGGUGCGGAACGAGUCAGAGACAGCGCUGGAGGAGAUGCUGCCUGCUGUGAAACACUCGCUGUCCCCGGGGGAUGUUGUCACCGGUACCGUCAAAUCUGUCAAACCCACCCACGUCACUGUUGCCAUUGAUGACAAGCUGACAGGUUCAAUCCAUGCGUCCCGGAUCCUGGAUGAAGUGCCCAUAGGCUCUUUUCCUACUUCCACUCUGAAAGCUGGACAGAAAGUGACUGCUCGAGUUAUUGGAGGCAGAGAUGUGAAUACUCACAGGUGCCUGCCAAUCACCCAUCCACACUUCACACAGUCCAUUCCAGAGCUCAGCAUUCGACCAAGUGAACAAGAAGGGGAAUUCACAGCAAUGCUGAACCUUAAAGAAGAAGGUUCCCUCAAGAAACUUGGACUCUACGAGGCUGGACAGACAGUCACCUGUUUUGUAAAGAAGUAUAACAUGCUCAAAAACUGGCUGGAGGUGGAAGUUGCCCCUGACAUUCGAGGAAGAGUUCCUCACCUGCUGCUGUCUCUGAACACCAAGGUCUUAAAACAUCCAGAAAAGAGCUUUAAAAGUGGCCAGGCAAUAUCAGCUACAGUGACUGGAACAGAUGCCAGUGAAACAUGCCUCUGCUUGUCACUCACAGGAAUUCAGUCACUGGAGCAGGAUACCAUCUCUGUAGGCAUGGUAACAAAGGUGACUCCACAUGUUGGCUUGACCAUUGCACUGCCAGGUGGGAAAGCUGGCAGAGUCAGCCUCUUUCACCUGAAUGAUACUUACACAGAGGAUCCUCUGGGGAACUUCAAAGUUGGCAAGAUUGUCAGGUGCUACAUCCUCUCCAAUGAGAACGGUAAAAUCCAGUUGUCUCUCCGGCAGUCCCGGCUAAAUCCAAAGAUAAACAGCAAAGUGGAGGAUAUUGAAAUAACAAGUAUUAAGGAUGUUAAAAAAGGCCAGCUAGUGAGAGGCUAUGUCAAAUCAAUCACUCCAUCAGGUGUAUUCUUUGGAUUGUCCAGUUCUCUCCUGGGCCGAAUUCUGUUCCAGAAUGUUUCUCCAUACUUUGUGCAGAAACAUUCCUUAUAUGAAAAGUACCUGCCUGAAGGAAAACUCCUCACUGCCAAAGUACUUGGGGUAAAUAGAAAAGAAAAACAUAUUGAGCUCUCUCUCCUGCCUGAGGACACUGGGAUGCCAAGUGUCUUGCCUGAAUCCCUAGGCCUACCACAAUAUGGAGCAGAGGAAGAGAAAAGAGAGACAGAUGAUGAGAAAAAAGAAGAAGAGCCUAAGCUGAAGAAAAAAAGGAGAAGAGGAAAUGAUGAAAGUGGUCAGUUGCAGGAGGCAAAGCCAAAGAAGAAGAAGAUCUGCCCAGCAGAUGAAAAUGACAGUGGAAUUGAGGUGUAUUACCGUGAGGAGGAAGAGGAUGACCAGGAGGAAGAGGCAGCUAAAAAGAAAUCUACGGUAAGGAAGCCUGGUGAAGCUCCCAGGCUGCAAGUCUCCGUGGGCUUCACGUGGGGUGAAGACAAUGCAAUGGAUAUACCUGUGCUGGAUCAGAAGGAAGAGAGCUCAGAGAGCGAGGAGGAGGAGGAUGUGCAGUCCAAGCUAAAGAAACGAACAAAGAAGGAGAAGGAGCUGGAGAAGCAGAAGAAGGAGAAGGAGCUUUGCAAAGUGGAGGCGGCUCUCAUGGACCCGAGCCGGCAGCCCCAGUCCGCCGAUGACUUCGACCGCCUGGUGCUGGGCAGUCCCAACAGCUCCAUCCUCUGGCUGCAGUACAUGGCUUUCCACCUCCAGGCCACAGAGAUUGAGAAGGCCAGAGCUGUGGCAGAGAGAGCACUUAAGACUAUCAGUUUCAGGGAAGAACAGGAGAAGCUGAACGUCUGGGUAGCUCUGCUGAACUUGGAGAACAUGUAUGGUACUGAGGAGACACUGAUGAAGGUCUUUGAGAGGGCAGUUCAAUACAAUGAGCCUCUGAAAGUCUUCCAGCAUCUGUGUGACAUCUAUGCCAGUUCUGAGAAGUACAAGCAAGCAGAAGAAUUGUACCACACCAUGCUGAAGCGUUUUCGUCAGGAGAAAUCCGUGUGGCUGAAAUUCGCCUCUUUCCUCCUCAAGCAAGGCCAAGCUGAGGCUACACACAGGCUUCUGGAGCGUGCCCUCAAGGCUCUGCCCACCAAAGAACAUGUGGAUGUCAUUUCAAGGUUUGCACAGCUGGAAUUCCAUUCUGGGGACACAGAACAUGCCAAGGCCCUCUUUGAGAGCACCCUCAGCAGCUAUCCCAAGAGGACAGACAUUUGGUCCAUCUACAUGGACAUCAUGAUCAAGCAUGGCAGCCAGAAGGAAAUCCGAGACAUCUUUGAGAGGGUCAUACACCUGAGCUUGGCACCAAAGAAGAUGAAAUUCUUCUUCAAACGCUACCUGGAUUAUGAGAAGAAAUUUGGUACAGAAGAACGUGUUCUGGCUGUUAAAAGAGCAGCACUUGAGUAUGUGGAGACCAAGAGUUCCCUUGCUGACACCUAAGUGUGGUGCAAGUGAAAGCAGAGAGACUUAGCUUUCCAUGCAGUGUGGGAACUGAGGAGUGUGGAGUUCUGCUGUGACUGUCCAUGCACAGUUUCUGGAGAAUAUUGGUCUGUGACCAAACCAGCUUGGAAAGAACAAACAAAUGAAAAGAUUUGAUAAAUGUUUGCAGCUUUGUCCAGAAGUUACAAAUAAUCCUGUUGAUGACAUGUUUUUAAAUAUAGACUGGUUUAUAAUCAAAAGAAACAUCAGCCAUACCUGUUUUACUUUGCUGGGGAAAUGCUGCAGUAAUGACACACUGCUUUUAAGCACAGUAAUGUCUUACAAUUUGAUUUUUCUCACUGUUAAGAUGGCAGAGAAGAUUCCUGUCUUUUGGAUGAAUUAACACUUCCAAAGAUGUAUCUCAGGUGCCUUUGUGCUCUAGAAAUUGGCAGAGCAACACUGGAUGGUGGGCAUAGCUGAAGCUGAAAGGAACCUCUUGAUGAUGAUCUUCAAGCUCCUGCUCAAAUCAAUGAUCAGCAAGACUAGGUUGCUCAGGUUCACUUCCAGUUUGGUUUUGAUUUCCUCAGGAAUGGAGACUUCACAACCUCUCUGGGCAGCCAUCUGUUGUAGCAAGUUGCUAGGGAUUGAUGACAGAAACAAUAGUGAUUUUCAGUAGUCAUUUUCUCUUAAGAGAAAUCACUGAGGUCAAAGAAAAAAGUGUUUUUUCUGUGCUGAAAAAAAACCAUCCCAAUGUAACCUGCUUGGAAAAAGCCAGGUGUUUUGGGUACUUGAAAAAGCUGUCACUGAUGUCAGUGCCUUAUGGUCCUUAUCCUUACAAUUCUGUAUUCCUCUAACUUUCCACUGAGAUGUGGAUAUGAUCAGCCCAGUGUUUUACAGAGGCAGAACUUGAGGCAGGGGGAAACAGGGUAAGCAAACAGAUGUGAUUACCCGCUGUAGACCCUAGCUUUGAAAUACCAAACUUGAAGAGUCUUCCUCAUUGUAGGUACUCUAAACUCAAAAUCAGAGCUUUGCAGGACCCAGCUCUUCUGCCUCUGUGAAUGCCCAGUGCUGGCAAGGCUGGAUGAUUCAGCAUCUAUUUCAUUCCCAAGUCCUUUGGGAUCCAGAAACAAGUAAUUUCACUUCUUGCCCCCAGGGAGAGCAGGGUGCUGUACUCAGAUUUUGUUUAAUGAUCUUGUAGUGGAGGAGGCUGAUUACAACAUCCAGUAGCAACUGCUGCCUUUUUUAAAGAACACAGCUUCAGUGAUGGUGGCUCUUUCUUUUGCUUUAAUUAGUUGCAUAACAGAACAUGUAAAUAAGCGUUGCAAUAGAAACCAAGAUCCCUCUGAGGUAUUGUUUCUUCUUCACUACCGGUGCUAUUAUACUGUCUGUAGUAGGCAGGAGAGGUGAAAGACCUGUGUGUAAUUCUCUGUGCUGGAGGAGCCUGGUUUGAACCCAUCUUGCUGCUGGGAGCUGUGACCUGUGGGCUGUUCUGUGAUGGGAUUAUUGUUGGUCUUUGGAAGAGCAGCAGGGAAUGUGUGAGCUCACAGCUUGUGUGAUCCAGCAUGCCAGGGAGAUGGGUGGCUCAAUUUCACUCUUGGCAUUUCAGUGGAAAAUCUAACCUGGCUGCUUGUGCUUGUGUGUAAAACCAUCUGGGUUAAUGCUCCUCACCUCAGCAUUGUCACUGGGGGACACUGGGUGACAGGAGCAGCAGGGAUAUAUUCCUAAGGGUGCUGAUGUGCCAGAAGAGGCAGAAGCCUGGGGCUGUCUCAUUGGAGACCACACUCAGAAGGGUGGCAGAGAGGAGAAAAACCAAAUCUCUGCAAUUACAAACAAAUUUCUGAGUGUAAUGUCUUGCUCCACUCCUCACUGACAGCUGCCCACUCAAGCAUGCCUCCCCAACAAGAGGGAGGGAAAACAGGCAAGCUGGACAAGCCCCUACCCCAUCCCAGCCAAUGGAAAGAGAGUGGAUUUAAUACAGGAGAGAAGGGAUGCAACCAGAACCAAAGAUGGUUUGUGCUCAUGGUUUAUUCUUAGGAUGAAAAUCCAUUCUCAAGCAUUACGUGUCUUUCCCCUUUCCUUCAAAGGAGGGAGGGGGAAAAGAAGGAACUAGAGUGGAGGUGGUUCAAAGGAAUAAUUGGGACUAUCAAGGAGGAAGGCAAGGGAAAUAAAGGAAGUAAGAGGAACUCUGCUUUGUUUCAGCAAGUUACCUCGUGUCUGCUGGCUGUGUGGGGGUGGCGUGUGCAUCUGCAUGUUCGCACUCGAGGGCCAGCGAGAAGAAAUGCAAAUGAACUCUCUUUCAUCUCAAGUUAAUGCAAUUUAAUUUAACUUCCAUCUGAUUAUUUCUGUGGAUUAGUUGAUGAAGCUGAGAGCCAAGCCUUCCCACAAAUGCAAAGCAAAUCUGUGGAGAGGCUGAACAGGGAUCCUGGGAUGCAUCGCCCAUUAAGCGGUGUUCCAGCCUCUUUAUGUGAGGGAGUAGCCUGCAGCUCUUUCUUGCAAGACACCAUACUUGUCAAAAGCUUUUUAAAUAAUUUUCUCUCCUUUGCUGCAAUUGUGUAUCCUGAUAUACAAGAUUUGUGCUACUCAAUGCAAGAAUAACUAAAAAGCCAUGUUACUAACUUGUAAUAUGUGAUAAUGCUUUGAAACAUU